AUGUCGGGAAGCAGCUCGGAGAAAGAAGGAGCAGGAUACAUCUACGCUAACCUGGAGAACAGAGGCAAGAACAUUGGUCAUGCCAUGAUGGGACCAAUCCAGGAGUGCUACAUGACCAAAGGAUCAGACUGCACCGUGAAGCUGAGGCCUGCAAUAGUCUACGGACAACUGGUACGUCUACAUGUUGUCAUUACAGACAAGAUGGGGCAGCCCUGGUCCGAAGGCCCCCUCCACUACCGGGGCAGAGGCAGGCCUGCAUGGAGAGACUACAUCACCGUGGCCGAGGCCAGAGACAACAAUGCGCACCUGAUCAUCGCCAUUGCCAGGGGAGCUGAGGAGCUGUCUGCCUGUGGAUUUGUCCAUGCUAGGGUCAGCUUUGUCCAGCCUCCUUCCAGUCCCCCCAGGGAAGACCCACAGGGGGCGCCGCAGAUACUGCACCUCUUCCAUCCUUCCAACGUGAUCCAAACCCCACAGAAUCCCACCGCAGCAGAGGGCUCCAUGUUUGUGUCCUGGGACAGUGUUCUGCAGUAG